AUGGAUACACCUCGAUCAGAACAGAUCCACACCUCCGCGACCAGCCGGACCGCCUCUGUUGGGUCCGGGGAGCAACCCGAUUACCUCAACCUACCUGUCCGCGAGGUCAGUGAUGGCGCCGACCUUCGCGAAUACACCACCGAAACGAGAACGGGGGAGAUCAUCAAGCCUGUGAAGUCAAAUGUCACCGGCAAAAUGGAAGAUUGGAAGCUCGUCACUUUCACACUCGAUGACCCCGAAAACCCCAAGAACUGGUCAAAGGCAUACAAAUGGUACUGUACCAUGGUUGUUGCUUUCACUUGUUUUGUCGUCGCAUUUGCCAGUAGUGUCAUCACUGCGGACUUGGAAGGACCAAUGGAAGACUUUGGCGUCUCUCGUGAAGUCAGCUUGGUUGUUGUCACGGUCUUUGUCGUUGGAUUUGGACCAAUGGUAUUCGCUCCCAUGUCAGAGAUCUUCGGACGUCGACCACUCUAUGCCAUUACCCUCCUCAUUGCUGUCAUCUUCAUCAUCCCUUGUGCUGUCUCCAAGAACAUCGGAACUCUCAUCGUUUGCCGCCUUAUCGACGGAAUAGCAUUCAGUGCGCCUAUGACUCUCGUGGGUGGCACUCUGGCAGAUCUGUGGAAAAGUGAAGAGCGAGGUGUUCCGAUGGCAGCUUUCAGUGCUGCCCCAUUCCUUGGCCCCGCCAUCGGUCCUCUUGCCGGUGGCUUCUUGGGUGAUAACUGUGGAUGGCGUUGGCUUUACUGGCUCCAGCUGAUCUUGGGAUUCGUUUCCUGGGUUCUGAUCACCUUCACUGUCCCCGAGACAUACGCACCCAUUUUGCUGAAGAAGAGGGCCCAGAAGCUCCGAAAGUCUGAGAACGAUGACAAGUACACCACCGAAGGCGAGCUUGACCCCCGCCCCAUGGGAGAGAAGCUGCGCAUCUUCCUCUGGCGCCCCUUCCAGCUUCUCUUCCUUGAGCCUAUUGUGCUUUUUAUUGCACUUUACAUGUCUGUCUUGUAUGGUUUGCUGUACAUGUUCUUCGUUGCCUACCCAAUUGUGUACCAGGGUGGUAAAGGGUGGAGUGCUUCCAUGACUGGACUGAUGUUCAUUCCUCUCGCCAUCGGUGUCCUCAUGAGCGCAGCCUGUGCUCCCUUCGUCAACAAGAACUACCUCAAGAUCUCAGCCCAAUGCGGCGGAAAGCCCCCAGCGGAGAAGCGUCUCAUCCCGAUGAUGUGGUCUUGCUGGCUCGUCCCUAUUGGUCUCUUCAUCUUUGCCUGGACCUCAUAUACCGAUCUUCACUGGAUGGGUCCGGCAAUGGGAGGAUGGCCCGUUGGCUUCGGCUUUAUCUUCUUGUACAACUCGGCCAACAACUACCUUGUGGAUACCUACCAGCACCAAGCAGCAUCUGCUCUCGCAGCCAAGACCUUCCUCCGUUCUAUGUGGGGCGCCUCCACUGUUCUGUUUACAGAGCAGAUGUACAACCGAUUGGGCUACCAGUGGGCUAGCUCCCUCCUCGCUUUCAUCGCUUUGGCUUGCUGUGCUAUCCCCUAUGUGUUCUACUUCAAGGGUGAGGACAUUCGUCGAUUCUCGAAGUAUGCCUUCAGCGAUGAUGAAGAGCAGGCCAUCAAAGCAUGA